AUGCCACCAAAGAAGAAGCAAAAACUCGACAAUCGACCUACCUGUCUGCAUUCAUGCAACAAGACUUCCUUUGCAAAGGCUUUCUUACCUAAUGGGACCUACCGGCAGCGUCUUCUAGAUUACAUCGCCAUCAUCCAUCAACUCGCCGACCACGCUUCCCACGCUCUCAAAUUCUACAUCCUAUCUGCACCAACCUUCACCGUGAACGAGGAGACCAUCGAAGCAAUUCUCUAUCUUCUCAACAAGGGGGAGGCUUGGCAUCCAAGAAAGGAAGCAAAGAAGGCAUGGCGGGAUUGUUUGCUGCCAUAUGUUCAACGGUACUGCCAAAUCGUCGGCUUCGUUCACCCAAAUCUACGAGGCGAGCAGCAAUCAGUCAAUUACCUGACAGCGAGUAUGAUGGCGAACCUGAAAGUCAACGUUCAAGAACAUUUCAUGCAGAUGCUCCUUCGGUAUAUCAAUCUGCGGCUCGACGUGAAGGGACACAAGCAGCGACUGCCACUGAAAAGCGAUGCGCGGCAAGCUUUCUUUACUCGGCUAUGCUACUUGAAGUCAAUUUUCCUUUUUGAUAUUGUGCCCGAGUCACUCGAUGACUUGACCGCUGAAGAGAGUGAGCUUCUAGAAGAGAUGUGGUCCUUCAUUCCCCUUUCCGACCAGCCGCUCACAUAUUCAGUUGCUGUAGACCCUCUCGCCUUCUUCCCUGCCUACUGUCGGUUGUCAAGCCUAUAUGAAAAGCAUGGAUUUCGACGGUUCAGUGCAAUCCCACUUCGCCGCUCCCUCAUCCAAAGCCAUGUGCGGAUCGACACCGUCAUCCUCUACUCUCAUAUCCUUUGCAUCACGCGGCGAGAUGCAGAAGCCGUAGCGAAGGUCGAUUUAUGGAUGCGCAUCUGCAAUCUGCGUACCAAGGCUUUUCGGUCUCGCCACGAUAUGCAGUUUGAAGGCUCAAUCACAACGGACGGUACCUCAGUGUCUGUAUACCUAAAGCACCCAGAAGCUGACAAGUACGGAAAGCGCGGAGCGAGAAAGUCAGCAAAGGCUCUAGCAGCUGAGGUGAAGGUGCUGUAUGUGGAAAACAACUUAUCUGCUUGUCAAGAGAACAUUGUCGUUAUCGAUCCAAACAAGCGCGACAUUCUCUACUGCCAAGACAACAAGGGCACCAUCUUCCGUUACACCGCCAAUCAAUGCUGCAAGGAGACUGGAAGCCGUCGAUUUGCAAAAGAACGGCAGCGGAUGAAAGCUGGCAGUAUUGACCUCAUAGAAUCACGUAUCCCAAGCCACAAGACGAUGAACCUCAUAGACUUCAUGCGUUACCUUCUCGUUCGCUGCGCUGAUUGGGAUCGUCGAAAGGACUUCUAUUCGCAUCCUGCCCACACGCGGUGGAAGUGGCAUGCAUUUAUAAACCGUCAGAAGAGUGAAUCGAACCUCAUAUCCAACUUAUGCAACAAGUACGGUGAAAACUUUACCAUUGUGAUGGGAGAUUGGAGCGAUGCCGGUCGAACUGCAAGAUUUCAGACCUCAUCAAAGACGAAAGGAUCAACUGCUUCCUUCUCAACGAGUAUAAAACCUCAUCUGUCUGCCCUCACUGUUCAUCCGAUGACUUCCUUGAAAAAGGUUUCAAAACACGACCUCAUUCAAGACCUUGGCGACGACGAGAAGGCAAGAUUGAAAAAGUCCAUGGAUUGCUGGGUUGUACCAACCCUAACUGUCAGCAAGCCUGGACGAUGCGCUACUGGAAUCGAGAUACGCUGA